CGCGAAGAUAACCCAUUCCGCCCUUCAUCUCUGCUUCACAAAACAAAUACAUCAUCCGGUGUUGACUUCCAGGAAAAUUCAUCGCGGCAGAUACUACGGGCCAAAAUUAUGUUACCACCGGCCUUGAACAUCCCCAAAUGGCUCGAAGCCAACUCGCACCUCCUGCAACCCCCCGUAAACAACUACUGCGUGUACCAUCCGUCCUCGCCGGCGACGGCGGGAUACACGGUGAUGAUCGUGGGGGGGCCCAACGCGCGCACGGACUACCACCUCAACACGACGCCGGAGUUCUUCUACCAGUACCGGGGGUCGAUGCUGCUGAAGACGGUGGACACCUCGGUCACGCCGCCCGUGUUCCAGGACAUCCCGAUCCACGAGGGGUCGAUCUUCCUGCUGCCGGCCAACACGCCGCACUGCCCGGUGCGGUUCCGGGACACGGUCGGCGUGGUGAUGGAGCAGCCGCGCGCCAGGGACGCGGUCGACCGCAUGCGCUGGUACUGCCGGAGCUGUGGGGAGAUUGUCUGGGAGAAGCGCUUCAUCUGCACGGAUCUGGGCACGCAGGUGAAGGAGGUCGUCGACGAGUUCGGCGCUGACGAGGAGAAGCGCACCUGCAAGGCCUGUGGGACCGUCGCGCAGACGAAGUUUGCCGAGGGCGAGAUCGUCCAGCCUCCUCGUCAUCCUGAGUAAGGGUUUUCCUUCGGGAUCAAUAGGACAAGGACACAAACGAUACCCCCGGUUUUUCUUUAUGCCAUGGUGAUGUACAAUAUCUGUAGGGGGGGAGGGCUCGGCUUUGAUGUGUGAUGUUGAUGAUUACGAAAAUGCGUCGGCGAGAUUGUCUCGUAUUGGAAAGCAAAUCUAUAUCUUGGAACUUGUUGGAUUGGUGUGUAGCACAGUUUGGAUUGGUCCUCUUAGAGGGCCUUGAUUAGGGUGCCCGUAGGCUAUAGUCAAGUAUCGAAUGUCUGGAUGAUGGCUGUUAUCCAGGGGAAUAUGGGAGAGAAGAGAAGUUGAAGCGAAAGGGUACACAAAAGGUGGCUGUCCUUCUCUGGACCAGCCGACACCAGGACACUGAAAAGAGAAAAAACAUAACACAAGGACUG